AUGGGCGAGUCCAAUCGGAAGAGGCACGAUAAUGAUGCGGAGCACGAGCACGAUCAAGGUCCCAAAAAAAAGCGGCCGUCCUCUGCUUUGAUGGGUAUUACACGGUCCAUCGCCGCUUGCAAAAGAUGCAGGAUUAAGAAAAUCAAGUGCGAUCAACAUUUUCCCACCUGCGCAAAAUGUGCUGCCUCCAAUUCUCCUUGUGUGUCUGUAGAUCCAGCAACAGGGCGGGAUGUUCCCAGGUCUUAUGUUGUUUAUUUGGAAGACCGGGUGGAGGCGAUGAUGCAAAAGCUGAGAGAUUGCGGCGUAGACCCCAGUCAAGUUCAAGGAAACAUUCCUGCCACAGAUCAGGAUCAGCCAUGCGAUCUUGGGGUAUAUGAGGAGAGACUCAGGACCGAACAUAAGAUACGACACGACAAUGUUAUGGCUGGUUAUAUCAUCAAUAAUGGAACAUCGAUGAAGAAGGGAGUUCUGAAAAGCACCAAACCCGAAAUCGGAUCGUCGCGAGACUCGGUAUCAUCAAGCGAACACAAAGACAACGAUCUCAUCUCCGAGCUUAGUGAAUCGGCCAAAAGCCUGCAGAGUCUUGGAUCAAUGAAGCACUCGCAUUCAAAAUCGACCGAAUCUGCGAUGGGGGCAGCAUCCAAUUCGUAUCUAGGCGACUCUUCAGGGAUCCCGUUCGCCAAGCUUAUAUUUACGGCCAUAAACUUUUUGCCUGAUGCGGUCGAAGAAGCAUCCAAGGAAGCAGAGGACGUGCCUGUGAAGAAAAAUGACAAUAGCGUGUUCAAGCUGUCAUAUUUGCCCACCAAAAAGGAUGCACAAGGUCUAAUAUCGCAAUAUUUCAACUGCUGUAAUGCGCAGCUACCUAUUCUACAUCGUGAGUAUUUUUUGAAGCGAUUUUUCGAACCCAUUUAUGGUCCCUGGGACUCUAAAGUUUCCCUGGGCUCUGACACCACAACGAUCAAUGAGCACUUCAAGCUACCUCCAGAAAAAGAACAUUCUGACCUCAUGGGCGAAGAAUGGUACGAACCAUCACUCUCGGAAGUGGAAGGCCACGACAAGGAAAUCCCAAUCAAAUUCCACGUUCCAUUGUUUUUCUUGAACAUCGUUAUGGCCGUAGGCGACUCUGCCAAGAUCUUGACGACUGAUGAAAGCAAGUCUGCGGCUUACAAGGACCGAGCAUCUGCUUUGGUGGACGCUUUGUUUAGGUCAGACGAUCAAAUGGAAGCAUUAGCGGGUACUCUGCUAGUUGCCCAGUACUCAACUAUGCGGCCCAAUGUUCCUGGUGUAUGGUAUACGAUGGGUUCCGCUUUGAGACUAGCUGUAGAUCUUGGUUUACACGCCGAGAAACUAAAUCAAAACUACGAUCCCUUCACGAGGGACAUGAGAAGAAGAUUAUUUUGGUGCACUUAUUGUUUGGACCGCCAAAUCUGUGCAUUUUUCGGUCGACCAUUUGGAAUACCAGAUGAAAACGUUACUAGUGUGUUUCCGAGCUCGCUUGACGACGCUUUGAUCACGACUGCGGUAGACGACAUUGAAGACUACUCUGAGGCUAAAAGUGCCAUGGCUUCUUACAAAUGCGUGGCAAUAGCAUUUUUCAAAGUACGAAAACUACAAGCAGAUAUUGUUCAAGGUUUGUACACUCAGCGAAAACUUCCGAGUGGAUUUAGAGGCUUACCUGAAUGGAGAGAACACAUGAAUAGCCGGCUUGAUGACUGGUUUCAGAAGCAAGUGCCCAAAACCGCUCGUAAGAUGAACUGCGAUUUCCGGAUUGAGUUGUUCCAGCUAGAGCUCUUCCACUCAAAGGUUCUAUUGUACGGACUGUGUCCAAAGUGUAUGAGUCUAGAUGACCACGGCUACAAAAUGGUGUACCACAGCACGAAAGGCAUCAUUGAUGUUUAUUACAAGUUGUGCAAUGAGGACAGCAUCAUGUACACAUGGGUAGCGGUACACACGCUGUUCAUGUCGGGUGUGACGUUUCUGUAUGUGCUUCACAACGCUGGCGUCGAUCUUGGAGAUACGAUAGCAGACGCGGAAAAGACCUGCGUGCAGUUAGUACACGUUUUAGAGCGGCUGGUUGGUAAAUGUGAGGCGGCCAAGAAAGGCUCGAUCAUUUUCAAGGUGUUGUCUGCGGCCAUUUUGAAAUUGAAAGCUGAAAACACAGACAACCCUGGGUCUGCGUCACAGCCCGUGUUUCAGUCCGGCUCACAACCGGGCUCGAGAAGUACGCCGCGAAGCAAUUCGCUUCACGCUUCGGACCAAACCGGGAGCGAAGGCAGCCUAGUGGCUUUGGGAGAAGAGCCUCGCUUGAGUAGUGUCAACAACAACACUAGGAAGGAUGCAGCCGCGUCUGGAGUCGCUUACGGAGCUUUGGAUCAGUUUUUCGCAGAGCUGGACAAACUUUCGCCCUUCUCAGACCCGAACACCGAUCUGACCGGGCUGGCCGGGUCUUACGAUACGCCGGAACUAGUGUCGCUGCCGGCUACCAGUGCCGAUGCUGCGGCUUAUGACAAAGUAGAGCAGGAACUCGAAAAGGGACCCAUCUCAGAGACGAUGCAAUUGGCAAACUCAACGUCCAAGGACGGCCAGCGCGUGUAUGACAUGAUGAGCCAGUUCAGUGCAGAGACAAUAUGGGACCAGGUUUUUAACACUGGCGGCAUGUACGGCGUGAGCUACGGAAAUCAGGAACAAUAG